UAAGGACAGGACCCAGAGAGAGGAAAUUGUGAUGUGUGUUCUGGGCAGAGUUUGAGGUUUCAGAACAUUUUCUAAAAGGGACAGUGAGCACCCUGCUGCAUUUCCUAAUCGUGAGGUUGGUGUGCAGCGGCUGGGGGCCAAGCGUGCUGGGCUGGUCACAACGCCGAGCUUCCUCCAAUGUGGUAGGCUUGCCCUGGCUCUCUCCAUCCUGAUUUGGGAAUGUUCAGUUCAAGGUUAUCCCAUGCGGAGAGCCAGGUACCAGUGGGUGCGCUGCAGCCCAGACAGUGAUUCUGCAAACUGCAUUGAGGAGAAGGGACCAGUGUUCGACCUGCCUUCUGGUGAAUCUAACAGGCUCCUUCCUCCGAGGACUGACUCUUUACCAAUGGCAAGGUUCCCGAAUGUGCAGGAUGUGUUUCCUCUUUCUGAGGCCUAUUCUGGAUUGGACGCUGGCUCUGGAUCAGGCUCUGGAGGUGGCUUCCUGACUGAGAUGGAACAAGAAUACGAACCAGUAGAUGAGGAUGAUGCUCUCCAAUACAAUGUUCAACCUUUCAAGAGGAAUCUGUCCUUAGACUACCAGGACUUGGAUCAAGAUGGAUCAGAAGAUGAUUUUGUUAUAUAAAAGUCUCCCUAGGGCUGCAGGAAACAGUUUGCUGAAGGGCACUAUCUGCUGGGCAGGCCAGGAAAGCACAGCUUCAGGAACCCAUCAAAAUGACUUUUGGUGUCUUUCCAGACUCUCUCCCCAGGGAUCUUUGGAGCUGGUCUGCACCCCCUUCGUGGGUUUCUGGCCUUGUUUUGGAUGGGAAAUACCAACUUGGGAAAGUCCUCUAUGGGAUGACCCUCCUCCCAGAAUUUUCCCUUCAGGCAAAGCACCUAGAGGCAACAAAAGGAGUGUAAACAAAACAAAACAAAACAAAAAACACAACA